GACCUUGAAGGAUCUCCAGAGCCUACCUUGCCUGUAUAUUCCGCUGUAGUUGGUGGAAUCCGCUCUCGUUUUUCUCGAAAAAAUAAGAAGAAGAACGAAAAGGGCAAGGAAAAGGAAUCUAAAAGGGUAGUUGAUUGUAUCUUCGACACUGGAGCGCGCGACAACUAUGUCAAUGGUCGUGUACUUAGGAACCUUGACAAUGUCCAAAUUUUUCCACUCGACCCUCCUCGCGAAAUCUUCGGUGCUGGUCAUACUUCGACUGCUUCAUUUGCUCGUUUUACAUUGACUAUUGGUUCUAUGGAAGAAGAGACGUUAGCUUAUGUUCUAGAUCAGAGCACGGGUUUUCGGUAUGAUCUUCUUCUUGGACGAACCUUUCUUGCAAAACACGAUGUUCAAUUCAACUGGCAGGAGCACACCCUCGAGUUGGUCGACCUGUGUACUCGGGGGGUGGUCAAAGUUCAAGCGUGUCGUUGCCCAAAUGAUCCCGAGGAAACACAGGAACUCUACUCAUUGAAGGUUACGGAUUCAAAUACUGCUAAUAUUAGUGAGCUCAAUGAUGACGACAAUGGUGAUAGCAAUGAUCAGGAACUCCCUUCUCCCCCUUCAACUCCUAUUCCAACUUCUACGGUUACAACAACUGUUAGCAAUAAAGAAGACGCCGACACAGAACUCAAGAAAGGCUCAUUUGGUGAUAAACUAAGAACCCUGGCCAUGAAGAUGUUUCCGAAAUGUUUUCGGGAAAAACCAAUCCGUAUACGUGGACGCCCUCAUUCUCCCCGCGAGAACCUCGAAAUCAAAAACUUUUUGGAGAAUGGUAUCCGGGAUGGAGUUAUUGAACGUUCCGACUCUCCUUGGUCUGCACCAAUUCUCCUCAUUCCAAAAAAAGAUGGUACACUUCGUCCCUGUGUGGAUCUCAGAGCCCUUAACAAUCUAACUUGAAAAAAUGCCUACCCCUUGCCUCGAAUAGAUGAAUGCUAC